UACUUUUUCUACGGGUCGAUGACUGAUCCUGCGACGCUGAAACGAAUCCUGAACCUGGACGAGGCGCCCAAGCUCCACGAAGCAUAUAUUGUCGGGUACACGGUAGCAAGAAAAAAUAAUCUACCAGCGUUGAUCGACGGUCCACGGGCAGAAGAGGUGAAGGGAUACGCAUAUUUUGUCGGCUCAGAGGCAGAAGGCGCGAAGCUACGGGAGUGUCACUCUAAGCAAUACAAGGUGGCGCCGUGCCUGGUACAUUUCCGGGACGGCAAUAAGGUGACAAGGAUUCCUGGGAAUGUUUUCAAGCAUGUUGGUGAU